CUCAUGAUAUCCAAAUCUUCCCCCAGUCUUGUCACUGAUAUUCAGAGUUUUAAAAAACAGGACAAUUAUUCAUCCCUCUGUAAUUGCAAGCAGCCCAUCGAUCGCCUCUUUUUGCUUUUGAUUUUGUGAUGAUUCACUCUUAACAACAUGGAUUUUGUGAGCCCAAUCUUGGAUGUGGUGUCUCGCUUGUAUGCCUGCACCGCUAAGCAUGCUGGCUACAUCUUUCAUGUCAAACUAGAUCUUGAAUCCUUGAGAAGCAGAAUGGUAGAACUGAAGGAUCUAAGUGAAGAUGUUAAGGCCAGAGUUGAACUUGCAGUGCAACAAAAUAUGAAGGUCAGAAGGGAAGUGAAAAGGUGGCUCGAGGACAUCGAUUUCAUAGAGGUUGAUGCGGCCCGAAUUCUGCAACAAGGGGAUCUGCAAGUAGAGAAGAAAUGCCUUGGAAGCUGUUGUCCCAAGAAUUUUUGGUCAACCUACAAGGUUGGGAAGAGAGUAUCCAAACAACUCAUAACUAUUGUGAUUCUCCUGGGCGAGGGAAGAAGUUUUGAUUCUGUGGCUUACAGGUUGCCAUGUGUUCGUGUAGAUGAAAUGCCUCUUGGGCAUACCGUGGGCGUAGAUUGGUUGUAUGAGAAGGUUUGCAGCUGUCUCAUUGAAGAUAAAGUGGGAGUUAUUGGAUUAUAUGGAACAGGGGGUGUUGGGAAAACAACGCUAAUGAAGAAAAUCAACAAUGAGUUCCUCAAAACAAAGCACCAAUUUGGUGUUGUGAUUUGGGUCUCCGUGUCCAAGCAAGCAAGUGUGAGAACUACUCAAGAGGUGAUUCGAAAUAAAUUACAGAUCCCGGAUGGCAUGUGGCAAGGUAGAACAGAGGAUGAAAGGGCUAGAGAAAUAUUCAACAUCCUGAAAACAAAAAGGUUUGUGCUACUUUUAGACGAUGUAUGGCAACGACUUGAUCUCUCAGAAAUAGGAGUUCCCCCUCUUCCAGAUGAUCAACGUAAGUCCAAAGUAAUUAUCACGACUCGAUUCAUGAGGAUAUGCAGUGACAUGGAAGUUCAAGCGACAUUUAAAGUGAACUGUUUGACAAGGGAAGAAGCCUUGACUCUGUUCCUGAAGAAGGUCGGAGAGGACACUCUAAGCUCUCAUCCUGAUAUUCCAAAUCUUGCUAAGAUGAUGGCAGAGCGGUGCAAAGGCUUGCCACUUGCCCUCGUUACUGUUGGACGAGCAAUGGCUAACAGGAUUACUCCCCAGGAAUGGGAACAGGCAAUACAAGAGCUGGAGAAAUUUCCAUCGGAAAUUUCAGGUAUGGAGGAUCGAUUGUUUAAUGUUUUGAAGCUAAGUUAUGAUAGCUUAAGGGAUGAUAUCACCAAAUCUUGUUUCGUAUAUUUCUCUGUAUUUCCCAAGGAAUAUGAAAUUAGGAAUGAUGAGCUUAUAGAACAUUGGAUUGGGGAACGGUUUUUUGAUGAUUUGGACAUAUGUGAAGCACGCAGACGAGGACAUAAAAUUAUCGAAGAACUGAAGAAUGCAAGCCUGCUAGAAGAGAGAGAUGGAUUUAAAGAGUCUAUCAAGAUUCAUGACGUGAUCCACGACAUGGCUCUAUGGAUAGGUCAUGAAUGUGAGACGAGGAUGAAUAAAAUUUUGGUAUGUGAAUCUGUGGGGUUUGUUGAAGCUAGGAGAGCAGCCAACUGGAAUGAGGCAGAAAGGAUAUCAUUGUGGGGUAGGAAUAUUGAACAACUCCCUGAAACACCACAUUGCUCCAAGCUUCUGACUCUCUUUGUGAGAGAAUGUACUGAGUUGAAGACAUUUCCAAGUGGAUUCUUCCAAUUCAUGCCCCUCAUAAGAGUGCUAAACUUGUCAGCUACCCAUAGAUUAACUGAGUUUCCUGUUGGUGUUGAGAGGUUAAUCAACUUGGAAUAUCUUAAUCUUUCAAUGACACGCAUAAAACAGUUAUCAACUGAGAUUAGGAAUUUGGCAAAACUGAGGUGUUUGCUACUUGAUAGCAUGCACUCACUUAUUCCACCAAAUGUGAUAUCAAGUCUUCUCUCGUUACGGUUAUUUAGUAUGUAUGAUGGAAAUGCUUUAUCUACAUAUCGUCAAGCUUUGUUGGAGGAGUUGGAGUCCAUAGAACGUUUGGAUGAGUUAUCUCUCUCGUUCCGUAGUAUUAUAGCUCUCAAUAGAUUACUGAGCUCCUACAAGUUACAGAGGUGCAUGAAACGUUUAAGCCUCAAUGACUGCGAGAAUUUGUUGUCGCUUGAGCUAUCAUCAGUGUCUUUGUGCUAUUUGGAGACUCUUGUUAUAUUCAACUGUCUUCAAUUGGAAGAUGUGAAAAUUAAUGUGGAAAAAGAGGGAAGGAAAGGAUUUGAUGAAAGAACUUAUGAUAUCCCCAAUCCUGACUUGAUAGUGAGAAACAAACAAUACUUCGGCCGGCUUCGUGAUGUAAAGAUUUGGAGUUGUCCAAAACUGUUGAACUUGACAUGGCUUAUUUAUGCUGCAGGCCUUGAGUCACUUAGCAUUCAGUCCUGUGUAUCGAUGAAAGAAGUGAUAAGUUACGAGUACGGAGCUUCGACUACACAACACGUGAGAUUGUUCACGAGGCUCACAACUCUAGUAUUGGGUGGCAUGCCACUGCUAGAGAGCAUCUAUCAGGGGACCCUACUCUUCCCCGCAUUGGAAGUAAUCUCUGUGAUCAACUGUCCGAAGCUAGGGAGGCUCCCGUUUGGCGCCAAUAGUGCUGCCAAGAGCUUAAAGAAAAUUGAAGGAGAUACAACCUGGUGGUAUGGGUUGCAAUGGGAGGAUGAGACCAUUGAGCUAACUUUCACCAAAUAUUUUUCCCCAGAGUACUUGGCCGAUGCAAUCCAUGUCUCAGGUAUCUUCUUUACCAUCUCUCUUCUUGAAAAGUUCUCCAUGCAUUAA